AACGACACAAUCGUACCAAAUUCUUAGGGUUUGUUUUAAGGCUUCCCUCCGGGUUUUUCCUUGGGACUUCUCGGUUGGGAUUGUUUCUCUACGAUUUUUUUCUCCCGGAACUAGGAGAAGCUGAUUCUGGAGUUACAGUAACUUGCUUUUCAUGGAAACGGUGAAACUCAUUAAAAGAAGUCGUAUCAUAAAAUUUUCUUGAUAUUUAGGUCCGGUCCGACGGAAUCAUAAUUUUUCUUGUUGUUGGUAAUAUGUUGUUUGUAACACGGUGGUAUUGUUAAGACAAAUGAAAAUAGGUAUGAAAAGUGAGGAGAUAGAGAAAUCGCAUGACAUACACUACUCCUAUGGUUAUCUUUUAUUGAUCCUAGCAGAUCUGUGGAACAUGUUCGUAGGCGGACUAUCUUUGGGAUUGCCAUCUCUGGCUGGUGGUAGUCUACCAUGGUCAAUUCACGGCAGCUCGUUCUAAUUUUUCAAUAACUUCUUUAAUGAACUGACGGGCUGGUUUAGUGGAGCUUUGAAACGAUCGAAUCGGCUGGGCUUGAUAUGUGGCCCGAGGACUUUUUAUCUUGACAACACAAAUUUGUAGUGUAAUCCAAGUUAUUGUUGGUUUAGCUUUACAAUUCUUUUUAUUCGAUCCUCCAAUAGAAUAAAAGUCCCCAUUAAUUUACAUAAAAACAAGAAAUGAGGGAGUUGUUUCUGUUUUCUCUUCCGGCUUUGUGACACACUCCUAGAUUGAUGUAUUGAGUCGUGAAAUCAGUGUUGCCUUAACAGCAACUCUCAAUUUUAACACCAAUAACCACAACCAACUGCAGGUUUACCUUUGAAGGACAGCCCUGUCUCUGUUUUCACUGCACAAAGGAGAUGAUAUUUCAGUCCAACAGUAUUCUUGAGAUGGGCUGUUUCACAGUCUUGAAAUGCAAGAAAAAGAAAAUUGGGUGUUUUGGAAACAAGAAACGCAUGAUCGCUGCAGAGACUGUUACAUGUGCACUUCCGGAACCAACACAAUCUGGACCAUCCCUCCAGUCUGCCCCUCCAAGUUUCAGAAACAGAACAAAACCUGCACAAUCUGGCCAUCGGAUACUCAACAGCAGAGUUCGGGCACUGUCUGCUCCUUCUACCCUCGUUUUGGCAGACCAGUAUGCUCUUGCUUCACUAGAAUAUGAUGACCAAGAAGAGUGCAAAGGCAGAGGUAUCUCAGUGAAGGACCAACGCUUUUCAAAUCCUUUGCCGCUGCCCCUUCCCUCGCCACAUACUUUCUCUUUGAGGAACUUGGAAAGUUUUAACUUGAACAAUACUAGUGAUCCUAUUGUAUCAUCUGGACCUCUACCAUUGCCUCCAUUAGGGGGAGGAGGCCUCCGGAACUUCUCUUAUGAAGAGAUUUCGGCUGCUUGUCAAAAUUUUUCUGUGGGUCGAUGCAUGUCAGAAGGCCUUUCAACUACAAUCUAUAAGGCUACCUUUGGAGAUGAUAGCAUGAGUUUAAAGAGAAGCGAAGCUACAGUUACUCGUUUACUUCCUUCCUGUCAGGGUUUGAAGGAGUUUUUGAAUGAGGUGAAUGUACUAGCAUCCCUACAGCAUCCCUAUCUCUGCAAGCUGCUUGGUUUCCAUGCUCAAGAGGGGUCUGAUGAGCGGAUGUUAAUUUAUGAGAGGCUCUAUCAUGGAAGUAUAGAUCAACUUCUUCAUGGGAGAUUAGAUGGUCGAUCCAUGGAUUGGCCUACACGAAUGAAGGUUGCCCUAUGUGCUGCAAAAGGCCUUGCAUUUUUGCAUGAAGAAGGGCCUUUUCAGGCCAUGUAUUAUGAGUUUUCAACUUCAAAUAUACAAGUUGACAAGGACUUCAGUGCAAAGCUAUCAGGAUAUGGAUGUGCAAGCUACAAUCCAGACGCAGACGUCUCUGAUUCUUCUAUUGCUACUGCAAACCUAUCAGCGGAGACCUUGGAGCAGGGGUUGUUCACUCCGAAGAGUAAUGUCUGGAGUUUUGGAAUAGUCCUUCUUGAACUGCUGACUGGUAGGAAAAAUCUGGACAACCGCUAUCCCAAAGAAGAGCGAAACAUUGUGAAAUGGAGUAGACCUUUUCUUGCUGAUGAUUGUCGCCUAUCUCUUAUCAUGGAUCCCCGUAUGAAAGGGCGUUUCCCUCCAAAGUCUGCCCGAACUGUAGCAGACGUUGCACUAAAAUGUCUCCGAAAGGAUCCUUCGAAGAGGCCUACCAUGAGGUUCAUCGUCGAAGCACUCAAGGAUGUUCCUGACAUGAAAUGCCCUAGCCGUUACCCCCUCCAAGAACCAUCUGUCAUUGCAGGGAAACGGAUGUGCAAGUCUCCAAGUCUGAUUGGCAUCAUUCCACCACAACCUCCUCCCAGUUUCUCAAUUUCACCUCCGUCAAAAAGCCAAUUGUUGCUUUCUCCAAGGACAUCAAUAUCCAUAUCUUAUCCGCCUCUUAAGUGCACUACUACACGUGCAGUAGAGGAUAAUAGGAUAAGCAGUAUCAGAAGCUGUUCGCCUGCUAUGCAGAGGCUUGAAGGGUUUUGAUAUGCCUAUAUUGAUUAGUAAUUUGUUGUUUUUGGGUUUUUUUUUUUUGUUUUUGUUUUUUGUAUGUUGUGACUUGAUGCAAUAGAGGAUACAAGAUGUAUAUUUUGUUUGCUUAUCCACUCCUAGGUAAAGUAAUGGGGGUAGGAUUACCAUUUGUAGGUAAGCGUUCUGUUGUCAAUGAAUCUACACCAAAAUUUUCUGGCAGGCA